UUGUGAUGCUUGUUUGGAAGCAAUCGGAGUCAGGCGAGAGAAGAAAAUCAGCAAGCGGCAGUCUGGUUGUUUGUUUUUGUUUUUAAACAAGAUUAACUUUAAUGAGCAUAAUAAAACAGUCUAACAAAGAAGGAGAGAAAUUAUCUUGCAAGAAGGGUUGAUGAAGGAAGAGUUAAGCUGAGGUGUUAAUUGAAAAGGGGUUCGUUAGUUUUAUUGAUGACCGGUGACGUUUCAUGCGGAAGUCCUUUUUUUUUUUUUUUAACCUAGUAACAUUUCCAGAAGUUGUUAGAAUAAAAGAAGCUUCUAUUUUGUUUGCGGCAUUUCGAGCAUUAAAAGCUCGUAUUUCAGAGGGCUGACCUGAAGACGACUCUAACUAGUCCCUGAUUGAGUGGAAUAAGAAGUAAAGAAAAGUAGAAUGCAGGCUACUGCAAUAUUUUCCCAAGACUGGUUUGCUGAUGGCUUGAGAACAUGGGGCACAUAAGUAACAUCUGGAAUCCUGAGUCCUCUUUUUGUCAGAACUUAAUAUGAACAAGAAGAAUAUAUUAGAUCUAUAUUAGAUGCUAUAUUAGACCAUGAUGGCGGAGCACUGAGCCACCGGCAGAACAUCAGUCAGCCUCUUAACAUGUUCUGUGAAACCAUGCUGCGCUUCCUUUCUCUCAAGUUUGGACGCCUAUACAGAUGUCUGAAGUUAUUGUUUGUUAUAAGCUUGUUCGUCAUCUUGUUGAUGAACACCCACAACUUGUUUGCCUCCUUCCAGAAAAAUGAGCUCAUGGACCGUCGCUUUAUAAACCUUAACAAGUGCCCAGCUUGCUUUGGCAACAGUUGGUGCCGCAAAUUUAUGAAUGGGCAGAUAUCAUUUGAGUCAUGGGGUCGUUUGAGAUUCCUGGACUUUCUUAAUGUAAAAAAUGUGUAUUUUGCACAGUAUGGGGAACCAAGGGAAGGUACCAGACGGAUUGUUCUCAAGCGAUUGGGUUCAAAUCAGGAGCUGGCGGAUAUUGACCAGAAGAUAUGUAAGCGCGCUACAGGGCGACCACGAUGUGACCUCAUACAGGCAAUGUACAAGACAGAGUUCUCCCGGUUAAAUGGGGAUGUAAGGUUGCUGACUCCUGAGGUUGUAGAAGGGUGGUCCGACCUAGUGCACUGCCCUUCUCAAAGACUCCUGGACAGAAUAGUAAGGAGAUAUGCAGAAACGAAAGAUUCCGGGAGCUUUCUUCUCAAGAACUUGAAGGACACUGAACGUAUGCAGCUGUUAAUGACGCUGGCUUUCAACCCGGAACCCCUUGUUCUUCAGAGUUUUCCUUCAGAUGAGGGCUGGCCUUUUGCAAAAUACCUAGGAGCAUGUGGGAGAAUGGUGGCAGUAAAUUAUGUUGGAGAAGAUCUCUGGAGCUUCUAUAAUUCUCCCUGGGAAAAACGUGUAGACCUGGCCUUGCAAUUAAUGGAAAUUGCAGAGCAGCUUACCAACAACGAUUUUGAGUUUGCACUCUACCUCCUCGAUGUCAGCUUUGACAACUUUGCCGUUGGACCUCGGGAUGGGAAGGUCAUUGUUGUGGAUGCCGAGAAUGUUUUGGUGGCAGACAAGAGAUUAAUAAAGCAAAAUAAACCUGAGAACUGGGAUGUGUGGUACGAGAGCAGGUUUGAUGACUGCGAUAAAGAAGCAUGUCUGUCGUUCUCCAAAGACAUUCUUUGUUCACGAGUCAAUGUGGAUCACAACUAUUAUGCUGUCUGCCAAAACCUCCUCUCUAAGCAUGCCACGUGGCGUGGUACGACCGGGGGGUUACUGCAUGACCCUCCAACAGACAUAGUCAGAGAUGGACGACUUGAAGCCAUGCUUGAUGAGUGUGCCAACCCAAAAAAGCGUUAUGGUAGAUAUCAGGCAGCUAAAGAACUUCGAGAAUACCUUGCACAACUUGUCAGUAAUGCGAGGUAGUCAAUAGAGCUGACAUGCUUUUUGCUGUCUUUUUAAGUAUACUGGUCGGCAGAAAGAGUUAGAGAACCGAGACACACGGAUAGUAAAAGUUAACAAUCCUUCUACUUGUUGGUAGCUUAUUAUUAUUUUUCUUUGCAUAGAAUCACAGUCUGUAAACAGACUUGACAGAUUUCUGAUUUAAAGCUUCCACUUGGCUUUCUUUUUCAUUUCCCUGAGGGAGGGUCAGCUGAAGAUCAACUUGUCGAUGGAUAUAAUACAUAGUGACAUACUUAUUGAUGGCACACAUGUCCCAGAGCAGUCAGCAUUGUUCCAGCAUUUCUAUUACAAGUUGUAAAGUUGAUAUUUUUUGUGGAGGAAGCAUACUAACUGGUGCUCCGUUUCUAAAUCGAAAGCCUUUGAGCACACUUUGGAUUUUUUUUUAAUUAACAACAUUUUGUUUCCGUAAUACAAAAAAUAUUGGACAUUUGUUCAUUGUUUAAAAUAUGAACGUACUGUACAUCUGCUAGAAGUGAUAAUUGCAUUACUGUAACAUUAUACACCUACAGUAUUUUAAUGCAGACUACUUCUAGAAUUGAUUAUAUAUAUAUAUAAUAUAUAUAAAAAUUAGUUUAAGACCUCUCUUGUAAGUCAUUGGAUACGCUGUUACAAGAUGCCGUGGAAUAUGUUCUGUUCUCAGUGUUUAUUGUAGGUGUCCUGCGAUAUGGGUAAUCAAGUAAAGUGGAGACAAUUGCGUUUUGUAUAAAGUAGUAGGAAAUGUUUAUUUUUGAUGGGCAAAAACCUUUCUGUUGUACAGUAGUUGCACAUAUACCAAAGAAUCUGGUUAUGUAUAAUAUACCAUAGUCGUACUUUGAACAGUCAUGUAUUUUGUUUCUUAUAAUAAGAAAAUGUCACUUCAUUAGAAAAUCCUGGUAGAGGCAUAAAACAAGGGUUUUGUGAAACGUAUAAAACGUCUUUUAUUUACACUUCAUCAAUUAAAAAGAAAAUGGCUCGGUAAGAGACCAGCUGGUCA